CCGGGCUCCUCCACUCGGAGUCUGCGGGAGGAGCGGAGCCCCCGCCGCUGUCCAGCCACUUGGUGCCUUUCGCGCCCAGCGCCGCCGCCGCGGUCGCGGUCGCCUCUGGGGAAGACGCAGCCACUCGCUAGCCAUGGAUACUCCCAGGAUCCUGCUCUUGGCCAUCUUCCUCAUCAGUUUCUUCUGGGAUUUGCCAGGCUUUCAGCAGGCUUCCAUCUCCUCCUUGUCCUCCUCCUCCGAGUUGGACUCCACCAAGGACGUGAGGAGCCGCAAAGAAGGGAAGAUGCUACGGACUCCGCGAGACGGUGCCACCGGCCGGACGCCCCAGGAGCGACAGCCGCCGCAGCGGGAGCAGGAGCCGCCCGGCAGGGGCCCGCGCGUGGUGCCCCACGAGUACAUGCUGUCAAUCUACAGGACUUAUUCCAUUGCCGAGAAGCUGGGCAUCAAUGCCAGCUUUUUCCAGUCUUCUAAGUCAGCUAACACGAUCACUAGCUUUGUAGACAGAGGACUGGACGAUCUCUCGCACACUGCUCUCCGGAGACAGAAGUAUUUGUUUGAUGUGUUCACGCUGUCAGACAAAGAAGAGCUGGUGGGCGCGGAGCUGCGGCUUUAUCGCCAGGCGCCCGCAGCGCCCUGGGGGCCACCUGCUGGGCCGGUGCACGUGCAGCUCUUCCCGUGCCAGUCCCAGCUGUUGCUGGACGCCAGGACCCUGGACGCACAGGGGCCGACCCCGGCAGGAUGGGAAGUCUUCGACGUGUGGCAGGGCCUGCGCCAUCAGGCCCGGAAGCAGCUGUGCUUGGAGCUGCGAUCAGCGUGGGGCGAACCUGACUCCAGGGAGACCGAGGCGCGCGCGCGGGGUCCCCAGCAGCCACCACCCCCGGACCUGCGGAGUCUGGGCUUCGGCCGGAGGGUGCGGCCACCCCAGGAGCGCGCCCUCCUCGUAGUGUUCACCAGAUCCCAGCGCAAGAACCUGUUCGCGGAGAUGCGCGAGCAGCUGGGCUCGGCCGAGGCUGCGGGCCCCGGUGCGGGCGCAGAAGGGUCGUGGCCACCGGCGUCUGGCUCCCGGGACGCUGGGCCUUGGCUGCCCUCGCUCGGCCGCCGGCGGCGACGCACGACCUUCACCAGCCGCCAUGGCAAGCGGCAUGGCAAGAAGUCCAGGUUACGCUGCAGCAAGAAGCCCCUGCACGUGAACUUCAAGGAGCUAGGCUGGGAUGACUGGAUUAUCGCGCCCCUAGAGUACGAGGCCUAUCACUGCGAGGGCGUGUGCGACUUCCCGCUGCGCUCCCACCUGGAGCCCACGAACCACGCCAUCAUCCAGACGCUGAUGAACUCCAUGGACCCGGGCUCCACCCCGCCCAGCUGCUGCGUGCCCACCAAAUUGACUCCCAUUAGCAUCCUGUACAUUGACGCAGGCAAUAACGUGGUCUACAAGCAGUAUGAGGACAUGGUGGUGGAGUCCUGUGGCUGCAGGUAGCGGUGCCUGUUGGGACGACUGGGCCAGAGACUGCGUAGGGAGGGGGUGGGGGAGGCCUGACUGCAGAGAGGUGGAGCAGGAGCUGGGCAGGAAGACACCACUGAUGGGGAGCAUCCUGGAAGUAGGGGCGCAGUGGGAGAGGAGGGAGCCCUGCUCUCCCAGAAUCUUACACCUGCCAACCCAGAAGAAGCUAAGGAUUGUUCACACUUUGCCUGGCUACCCUGGAAAGACAAGCGGAGGAGGACUCUUUCUUUUUCUUUUCUUUAUUAUUGUGGCUUUGGAUUUUCUUGUGUGGCUCCUUGGUUUUAAUAAGAGGUGGAGAGAGAGGG